GCGGGCCGUUAUGCUGUUAUGGCAACGGAACUGUUGUCGCGGCCUUGAAGGGUGGAGGAGUCGAAAGCGAGAAAUGCUCAUGGAGCCGGGCGUAGGAAGACGUGCCAUCUCAAAACCACAUCCUCCAGUUGUAGGCCAUGUGAGUCAUCACAACAUUCAGCUAAACUGGGACUUUGAAGGCCAAAGAAACGGACCUCAGGAGCAAUGGAUAAAAUUUUCCAUUGAAGAAGAGGAUCCCAAGUUACAUACAUAUGGACUAAUUUACACGGGCUAUGCACGGCAACAUGUUGUGGAAGGUCUUGAACCUAGAACAACAUACAGAUUUCGACUUAAAGUGACAGAUCCUGCAGGGGAUUCUGCUUAUAGUUCACCAGUUUGUGUAACUACAACAAGAGAACCAAUGAGUGGAGCCCAGCUCCAUCGUGCUGUGAGCAUGGAUGAUGUGGAUGCAGUUCUUCAUAUUCUUCAAGGAAAGCAAGUGAUGGUGGAUACACUUAAUAAAUUAGGAAAUACAGCUUUGAUGGUUGCUUCGCAAAAAGGAUAUGCCAGACUUGCCGAAAUUUUGGUAGAGAAUGGAGCAGAAGUGAACAAGAAGAAUAGCAGUGGGAAAGACAGUUUAAUGAUAGCUUGUUUUUCUGGUCACCUGGAUGUUGCUCAGUAUCUCAGAUCCAAAGGAGCUUCUUGGGAAUCAAAAGACCUUGGGGGCUGCACAGCUAUGCAUUGGGCGGCUGAUGGAGGACACACUGAUGUUGUUCAGUGGAUGAUUGAAGAUGGUUGUAAGGUUGAUGUUAAAGACAUAGGACUGGAAUGGACUCCACUGAUGAGAGUAUGUGCAGUAAGUGGGAAGAGUGAUGUGGCCGCUCUGUUAAUAGAUGCUGGAGCAAAUGUGAAUAUGAAAGAUAAGGAUGGCAAGACACCUUUAAUGGUGGCAGCAUUAAACAACUUUGAAGAACUUGUUCAACUAUUGCUAGAUAAAGGGGCAGAUGCGUCAAUUAAAAAUGAGUUUGGCAAAGGGGCCGUAGAAAUGGCUAGAAGUUUAAACAGAAUGAGUGUGGCUUCAAUUAUAGAAGCAAGCAAGCAAGCAGGCAAAGUAAGGGAGAGGACUGAUCUUCCUACAUGCUCUGAAACAGAGUUAUGUGAUGAAAGUAAAUGAAGCCCUCACCUUCUGAUCAGGAUGAUCAGAGGACUACAUUCGGGUUGCUUUCCUGCUUACUUUUUUGACUGUU